GACGCAGCAUUGGCGGUGCGGAUGAACUCGGGGCUCGGGCGGCCGCGUCUGGAGCGCGGGGGGUUUGACGGGCGGCCGUGCAGCUCCGGCCGGCAUUGCCGCGGCUGCGGUGCCCCACUGCGCCCAUGGCCUCCGCGCUGGAGGACCCCGUCUUGAUCCGGCCCCUCCGAGGCCACGGAGCGGCGGUGACGGGCGUCGCCUUCAACGCGGACGCCGCGGGGCUGGCUACCUCCUCUUUGGAUAGGUUUCUUAUGGUGUGGAAACUGAAGGCACAAUGCAGAGCUUACAGAUUUGUAGGCCAUGCAGAAGCAGUGACCAGUGUACACUACUCGCCAGAUGGGCAGCUACUUGCUUCAGCUUCUCGAGAUCGUACUGUCAGACUAUGGAUUCCUUGCAUUCAUGGAGAAUCAUCAGUACUGAAAGGUCAUACAGCAUCUGUUCGUAGUGUGAGCUUCUCUCAGGAUGGCCACUUUCUAGUUUCAGCAUCCAAUGAUAAAUCAAUAAAAAUAUGGAGUGUUCGCCAUCCAUGCCUUUUGUUUUCCCUAUUCCAACACACUCACUGGGUUUGCUGUGCCAAAUUUUCACCUGAUGGAAGACUAAUAGCAUCUUGCAGUGAGGAUAAAUCUGUUAAGAUCUGGGAUACAAGAAAUAAAACUUGUAUUGAGAGCCUCUUAGAUUAUGAAGGAUUUGCAAAUUUUGUGGAUUUCAACCCAAGUGGUACGUGUAUAGCUUCUGCUGGUUCCAAUCAUGCAGUGAGACUGUGGGAUAUUCGAAUGAACAAGCUACUGCAGCAUUACAAAGUUCACAGAGCAGGAGUUAACUGUGUAUCAUUCCAUCCUUCUGGUAACUAUCUCAUCACUGCUUCUGAUGAUGGUACCCUUAAGAUUUUGGACAUGUUAGAAGGAAGACUUAUUUACACUCUUCAUGGACACAAGGGACCUGUACUUUCUGUGGCUUUUUCAAAAAAUGGUGAAAAAUUUGCCUCAGGUGGAGCAGAUGCUCAGGUAUUACUAUGGAAAACCAACUUUGAUUCUUGGGAUUAUAAAGAAGUUCUUAAACACCACAUUAGAAGAACAAAUCUUGAUGAUCCUCCUCAUCUUCUUGAUAUUUACCCACGGUCACCUCAUAUCCAUGGUGAAAAAAUUCAGUCAGUUGAGGUCAACCCUACAUUUGUGAGUAAUACACAAGCACUUGACCCGCCUGUCAUCGAAAUUAGUUCCUCUUCACCUUUCAGUAUUCCGGAUUAUGUCAGCAAUGAAGAUGGGCAGAAUACUCCUGAUUCAGUCUUGGCAACAAGUUCAAAAAGGAAGUCAGAGAAUGAGAGUGAAUCAGCUGUGCCUAAUGUGGGCAAGCAAACAGGCAUCUCCCCCUCCCUGGGUAACACUUUGGAGAACAUUGUGGAGCAGCUGGAUGUUUUAACUCUAACUGUUUCAAUCCUGGAACAACGUCUUACUUUGACCGAAGAUAAAUUGAAAGAAUGUUUAGAAAAUCAGCAAAAAAUGUUACUUGAAGAAAGACAGGAAGCAUAAAAGAUGAAAACGAGCUGUACUGAUUAAUAUGUUUCAUAUUCACAAGGAAAUAACAACUGUUACUUCGCUGGAUUUUGCUAUAAGCAAAAAAAAUAUAAAUCUUUUCUAACAAGUCAAUGUAGUAACUGAAAUAAAAAAAUUGUACAACACAUUUUAAACAUUGGUAGCAAGCAGAUAGUCUGUUUGUAUAUUUAAUAAAGUGCAGCCCAGCCAAAAUUAGUGUUUUCUGAAAUCAUUCCCAUUGAGCAUUGCAAGACUCUUAUUUCAACUUAAUAAGGUCUUUGAAUACAACUAAGCAACAAACUACAUAUGUUUAGAUGAAUAGCAGUUAUUAUGGAAAUACACUAUGUUGGUUUUUUAGCGCAGGUAAGGACUGUGAAAAUAAUGCUCCUUGUGCUAAGGCAGCAUUACUCAAGCACCUAAAUUAAAUAAGACCUAAUUAGCUCUAAUUCCGACAAUGCCAGAGGUUUACUUUGUCCCUUACAUACUCUCAAAUAUUUUACCAAAAAGUAGUGACAGUUACUUUCUGUCUUGUAAAUGUUUUAGUGACGAUUGCAAGAUGUGGUGUAAAAACUCUUGAGUUACAACUAUGAAAAUGAAAUCAAACUUUGAAACUAUAACUGCAUGUGUGAAUUCAGCUGCAAGACUGAUGGGAGUCGAACACUUCCACUUAUCCCACCCUGUCAAAAUUCAGGUUUCAUAUUUAGAAAAAUAAAAAUCAGCUUCAUACUUCUGAAUAAUAUAUUUGAACCAAACACAAAAUGUUGCAAAAUGUAUAUCAUAAAUACAAACGAAUCUCAUCUCUAAAGGACUUUCACAGGUGCUCAAGUUAUUAAUCAGGAAAGACUGCAAUGUAUGAUGAUUUUGGUUUUAUUUUUAAU